GAGACCCGAAGGCCUUCUUUCUACUCAUCCAUGUCCUACUUUGUUCGAGAAUCCUCGCUUGACGGGCGUCGGAGAGGGAGGCCGGAGAAUUUUGUGAAAAUGAGCCGGCGUUUAGUCGGAGUUUUGUCUUUGGCGGUUGUUUUCUUCUCCUCGACCGCCGGAGCUUCGGACUGUUCAAUCAAAGGAUUACCGCUAAUUAGGAAUAUCAGUGAGCUUCCACAAGAUAACUAUGGAAGGCCUGGUUUAUCUCAUAUCACGCUUGCAGGUUCAGUCAUGCAUGGCAUGAAAGAGGUAGAGGUAUGGCUCCAAACAUUUGCCCCAGGUUCUAAAACACCAAUUCAUAGACACUCUUGUGAGGAAGUCUUUGUUGUGCUGAAGGGGAGUGGUACCCUCUACCUUGCAUCUAACUCACAUCCAAAAUACCCUGGGAACCCGCAGGAAUUGCCUAUCUUCACAAAUAGCACUUUUCAUAUACCUACUAAUGAUGCUCAUCAGGUAUGGAACACUGGUGAAUCAGAGGAUUUACAAGUCUUGGUUAUUAUAUCUCGCCCACCAGUGAAAGUGUUCAUAUAUGACGACUGGCUCAUGCCACACACGGCUGCUAGACUGAAGUACCCUUAUUAUUGGGAUGAGGAGUGCCAUCAGACUACAGUAAACGAUGAACUUUAACUUCUUCAACUAAAGAUGCUGCCAGAAAGAAGCCAAUGAAACAAGUGUAAGAUUUGCAUGAAUUUUUGUAUUUUGUUACCACUGAACAUCCAAGUGUUUUCCUUGGAGGUGAUAGAAAUAGUUAAUCACAAUAUGUACAUCAGAUAAUUUGGGCAUUUCAUGCUAUACUCUUGAUGGUAAAAAGUUGGGUUUUUUUUUCAA